UUCCGAAAUUCAAACAGCUGACAGCUCUUUGGAAAAUUCGUCAAAGCCGCAGAUAAUACUUUUGCUUUUGUUUACAUUAAGCACAAUGGCGCAGCAACCGUUAAGUAACAAUAUCAAUGGAACCACAACGGAAAUAAUUGACGAAGGCGACUCUGCUGAAGCUUCUCAAAGUACACCCACAUUGGUUCUGCGCCUGGAGCAUCCGCGGGACAGUCGCAGAGUCGUCUUUCACGAAGGUGUCAUAGAUAAUGAGCAUAUGAACAAAAUGAAAUCCAAGUGCUGUUGCAUAUACAAGAAGCCACAUGCCUUUGGUGAAAGCUCUUCGGAUACUGAUGACGAGUGCGAGCACUGUUUUGGCCAUCCAGAGGAGCGGAAGAAGAACAAAAAGAAGAAGCACAGCAAUGCUACUGCACAGGCGGAUGAGCCCUGUUCGUCUACUGAGGCACAGUUGGAACCAAAACAGGCAGACACAGAUCCAAUUGGAUUUAUGCCCGAUGAGUUGGCAACAAAACCAACACCAUAGUUCACACAUAACUAAUUUUAAAUUAAGGUUACAACUUUAAAUCUUUUUUAUUUAAUCAAACAUUAACAAUUUUUAUCAGUUUUGCAUCUGCAUUAAAAGCUAACACCAAGUUGGGCAGUUUAUGUAAAUAACGAAAA